AUGGUGUUUAAUAAGAAAGAUCUGGCGAAAGCAUUUUCGCCGAAUAAGAUUAAAAAGUUGCCGAAGAAACGGUUGUCGAGCAAUGGGAUGAAGCCAAGCAUGAGCGAGGGCACAGGUUUAUCGGUGCAAACUGAAUCCGCUGGCUCCCAGACAAGCAUCAAAGUAAUCGUAAGAAUACGGCCGCAAAAUCAGAUUGAAAUGCAAAACAAUUAUAAAACUGUUGUCAAGGUCGUUGACGAUAAAAUGCUAAUUUUUGAUCCGAAAGAGGAUCAGAAUCCGUUUUUUUAUCACGGCGUCGCCCAGAAAGGUCGUGAUCUGCUCAAGAAACAAAAUAAAGAAUUGCAGUUCGUCUUUGACAAAAUAUUUGACGUGACGUCGGACAACAGUGACGUGUUCGAAGGAAGUACCAAAGAUUUGAUUUGUAAUCUUUUGGAUGGUUAUAACUGCUCUGUAUUCGCAUAUGGAGCAACCGGUGCUGGAAAAACUCAUACUAUGCUUGGUAGUGACGAAGAUCCUGGUAUCACGUAUAGAACAGUCGCAGAACUAUUCUCCCAGAUAGAGAAACAGAGCGAACAACGCGAAUUUAAUUUAGGUGUAACGUAUUUGGAAAUCUAUAACGAGAAUGUACAGGAUCUUUUGCAUAAGUCUGGACCUUUACAUCUGAGAGACGAUGGUAGAUGCGGAGUAAUUGUUGCUGGGCUUAAGAUAAUUACCAUUCAGAAUGCUGAAGAAUUACUGACGCUAUUAGCAAAAGGUAAUAAGAAUCGCACGCAACAUCCCACUGAUGCGAACGAGGAGAGCAGCAGAAGUCACGCUGUUUUUCAAGUUUAUAUCAAUAUCACCAAUAGACUGGAUGGACAAGUACGACAAGUUAAAUUGUCUAUGAUCGAUUUGGCUGGGUCUGAAAGAGCUUCUGCUACAGGUUGUAAAGGAGCGAGGUUCAAAGAGGGUGCAAACAUUAAUAAAUCUUUAUUAGCUCUGGGCAAUUGUAUCAACAAGUUGGCGGAUGGUGCAAAACAUAUAACAUAUAGAGAUUCUAAGUUGACCCGUCUCUUAAAAGAUUCGCUAGGUGGAAAUUGUCAGACAGUUAUGAUAGCUAAUAUUACCUCUUCUAGCUUUAGUUACGAAGACACGUACAAUACAUUGAGAUAUGCAAACAGAGCAAAGAAGAUCAAAACUCAUAUAAAGAAAAACAUUUUAUCCUGCGAGUUGCAUGUAACUGCGUAUAUAAAAAUGGUUGAAGAACAAAAGAAAGAAAUAAAUUAUCUGAAACAAAAGUUAUCGACGUUUGAAAAUAAAUCGUUGCAUAUAGUACCACAGAGUACUCAAGAGAGUAAUAAAGAAGUAGAUGAAGAUUUAUUAAUCAACAGUAAUAAAUUGAUCGAACUGUUUCAGAGGAAGAAAGUUCUAAACGAAAAGAUUCUUUCGUUAGAAAGCGCGGACAAAAUAUUAUGUUGUAGGAUUCAAUAUAAGAAAGCAGCAGAUGAGAGAUUGCAUAAUCUAACAACAGCUGUUGAUACUUUAACGCUCGAAGAACAAAAUGCAAGUGGUAAGUCAAGAGUUAACAAAUCGUUGAAUUAUUUUGAACGACAAAGAGAUUCCUUGAAAAUACAGAUAAAAGCGACAUGGGAAGAAUUGUGUUCGGUAGAGACAGAAAUACAGAAACUAUACACAGAAGCAAAGUUAAAGAAACUUGAAAAAUUGGAAAAUAUUAUUGCACUACAAACUAGUGAAAUAGAAAAAUCCAGAUUACAACAACAAUACGAACAUGCAAAGAAAGUGAGCAAUCUUCAACAAUGUGAAAUAGAGUCUCAUUAUUCAAUGAUUAAAAUGAUGAGUACAACGUUACAAAAUUAUUACAACAUGAUGAGAGGAUCUGGAACCCUGACAGAUAUAAUGAAAGAAGAAUUCAAACAGUUGAUUAAAUUAUUGGAAGGAGUGAGAAAUAUAAAAUGGUCAGAUAUGCAAACAAUCAAUCAAGAGGAAUGCUUUUAUAGCCUGACAUGCCUUAGUGUAACUCACUUAAUGGAUCCUCUUAAUAGCAAGGUACCAAUGUAUGUGUUGCAAUCUUUAAAUGAUCAAGAUGCAUUGGAUGCAACUUUCAGUGCAGCUUGCUCCGAAGAAGGAGAUGCACAUAAUACAACUAUCACGUUAGAAGAAGAUUCGGCUGUGGAAUGUAACACAGAUAUAAAAGCAGUAGAAGAGAGUACGAAAGAGGAACGUAAUAAUACAAAUUGUACACAAGACAAAGCUAAAAAGCGUGUUCUUUUAGAUAAAAAUAAUAUAAGUAUGACAAAAACUUUUACCAAACAAGUAAGAAAGAUAUCUCCAAAACGUAAAAAUAUUACAAUCUGUACAAUAGGAACCAAAGAUAAAGAAAAUAAAAAACAUAUGCAAAAAUCACAUGUAACAAUGAGCGCUAAAAGUAUAGCCAUAUUAAAUAAAUUAAAAGCAGAUAAACUUAAAAAAGAAAAUAUUGAUAUGAAUGUAUCAGGUGGAGUAUUGAAAAUAGUAAGGGAAAAAGAAAGAAGAACAUUAAUGACAACACAUCCCUAUCAAAAGCCGAAUGGGAAACAAAAGUAA